AUGCUACCCUUCUGGUCGACCGCUCCUCCGGCAGCCCCAAAGCCCCCUCCUGUUGCUGUUGCUCCCAAGGAACAGCCAAUGCUUAGAAUAUGCUUCCCGCUGAAAAUCCAAAGAGGAGGGAAUUCCUGGUGGGAAUACGAAGAGUAUCGGGUUCUGUUCCGGGAUAGAAUGAUGUGGCGACAGGCGUUUGGCCUUGAUAUUGAAUAUUCUCCUGAAAUGAGUUUCAACGACGGUGACCCUGCUUUCAAAAGCCGUUGGUCAAGUUCAACGUCGGCAGCAUCAUCGGAUAUUGACAGUUGUCUUUCCGGCGGGAGCAUGUCCUCCAAAACAUCAUCUCAGCGACUAAAGCAUCUCAUGACCCGUAUGCUAUCAGCGACUUCUUCUCGGUCGGGUAAAAGCAGAGAAACAUCGCAGACUUUCACGUCUUCUUCUUCCUCAUCAAAACGCUCUACCAAACAGCGUCAGAAACUCCGACCUGAGCCCCUCAAGUUACUGUCGAAAAAGAUGCAGUCCCCUGACAGUGAAGUGGACGAGACGCAACGUCACCGCAACGAUGCGCUUCGCUCACUUGAAGGCAAAUCUCAAGCCAAGAAUAACAUGUCCUUUUCGGCAUUUAAGAACAUGUUUAAUGCACGAGAAAUGCAGAAAGAAGACGUACUAUCACCGGUUCAACGCACUUUUCCUUCUCUACAACCGAAAGCUACACCGCAAGACCAGAGAGUCAUCAACCUCUCGUCCGAAGAAUGGGCCGAUCUCAAAGAUGAUAUUCUCAAAGGACUAAAGAGUGAUAUAGGUGGGAUAUUUCCCCCUUAUACAGAGGGCCAAAAGGUCAUGGCCAUGCCCGUGCAACAUGUAGAGAGCUUAUUGUUCAGAAGGCAGACAGUUCUACCUGGAGAGGGCAUGCAAAGGGUUGGUCUGAAAGCAGCAUUAGAGAGUAUUGAAGCAAAUCAUUGGGAAGACAUUAUUUUCAUCUCGUACAAGGAUACGCCGGAGGUGAUGAAGUGGUGGCAGACGACAAGGCAGCCGCGAGUGCUUCGAUGGGGGAGGAAUAUGCUUUGA